AUGGCCGCAGUAGCAGACUCCGACAACAAUAUCUCAUUCCUCGAUGGCUUGCAGCCUGAAUCUUUCACUAGCGAUGUAGAGCGAUACGCAGCCAAAGAAGCCGCGAGGAAACUCUUAGCUAGAUUGGAAACCCCGUUCGAACGAUCAUGGGCCUCAUCUUUCGAAACACCGGUCUUGGUUGCUGGGCUUCAAGUCUGUCAAGACCUUGGCAUUUGGUCAAAGUGGUCUGAACUCGACAAAGAAAAUACUGGAGCUUCUCAGUCACUCGAUAAUAUCUUAUCAAUGGUACACAAAGACGUUGAUCCAAAUCUACUGCGUCGUUUCCUUAGGCAUAUCGCUGCUUUGUAUGUCCUCAAAGAAUCGGGCCCUGACAGCUGGAAACCAACUUCUUUCUCUUUAGCGAUGGGUGACCGCAGGUCAUACAUAAACCAGACUGAGCCUCUGGACAAGACGAAGUUCGAUAAUUACCGUGACUUGUUCGGAGACGACUUCUUUGCUUAUUGCCAGAAGAACCCUGAAGUCAGAGGUAGUUUCAUCGGCUUGAUGACAGCUCUGAGGAACCACAAGAUGGACUGGACCGAGGUAUUUGACACCAAUAGAAUAGUCGAAGGCGCCAAACUUGACGGUAGCAAACCACUUCUUGUCGAUGUUGGCGGCGCCCAUGGUAUUGAUAGCGCACGCUUCCUUACCAAGCACCCAGACUUGCCCGCAGACGUGAUCACCCUUCAGGACUUGCCGGAUGUGAUAGAGACGCAUUCAAAAGAGAAGCUGGACAGUCGUAUCAGACGCAUGCCCUACAACUUCUUUACGCCACAGCCAAUCAAAGGUGCUAGAGCCUACUUCUUCCACGCUGUGCCACACGACUGGCCCGAUGCCGACUGUGUGCGCAUAUCUGAAAACAUCAAAGCUGCCAUGGAGAAUAGCUACUCGAAGCUCAUUAUCUACGAGGUUGUGCUUCCAGCACGAGGGGCGACUAGUCUGAUGACCACACUGGACUUGCAGCUGAUGAAUUGCACUUCAGGACUGGAGAGAAUGGAGGCGCAUUGGAAAGACCUGUUGGCGCGAGCUGGUUUCAAGAUCAUAGGUAUCUCAAGUCACCCUAGAGCCGUCGAGAGCGUCAUCGAGGCUGAACUCGCGUGAUCGAGGUCAUUAUGGUCGAAACAAAUCUCGAGGCUGAAGAUCAAGUGUGCAAUUAUUGUACAUGGGAUUCAAUAAAGGCUGCCUAGCCAGUCACUUCUAUGGCUUCAAGAUAUUUUUAUGACUUUUCCA